AUGCAGAACGCCAACGUCGUCAGCUUUUCCCCAAUUAAUAGCGAACACUUUGCUAUCCCUACACUGUCAACGUCUAUAUCAUGGGACAGUGCCUGGUCAAACCUGAAUUUCUAUUCAGAAGGCCGCUAUACAGGCGUCCCUUUAGACACAGUCCAGACGGCGUCAAAUAUCCAAAUGUUCCCGAGUGUUGCAUCAAGCUAUGCCAGUGAGGAGGCUUCCCAGGACACAUCGGCCUCCACCCAUCACGCUCCCUUGGGGUCUGAGAGCUUGUCGUACCCAGGAUUUGUACCGCAAGGAACUCAAGAACUAUUUGACAAUCAUCACUUGAGCGAGGAAGACAAUGUGUCUAUCAACGGUCAGACCAAUAACACAACACUUGACGUAUCGUCUCCUGAGUUAUUACCUACCAAUAACAUCUACCCAGAUACCCAUGUUUCUGUGUUGGUCGGUCAUGAAGGGUCUGAGGAUACCACAUAUCCAACCAAUACACCGAACGAACUCACAUUAGCUUCGGACACUGUGUCCCAGAGUGACCCCAUAGACAGCCUACUUUCGUAUGUCCUGUCCACAGGAACAAUCGAUCCUGCUUUGCUGGCGAAAUCAAUGCCAUCAUCACAUAGCAAGCGUGAACAGGAUAUACCGCAAAGUCAGGUGGGCGACACAUUGUUCAGUAGAAAUGAGAACAACAGGGGGACAUGCAGUGGGGUAUACAAGCCAGUCCGCAGCGCGGUCGACGAUCAAGAUAUGCGUGCAAACAGUUUCCGUCAUGGGUAUGGAGAGACGGAAACGUCGAAAAAUGAUACGUUCCAGCACCAGGAACCACACCUAGAGUAUCGCUCCAGGGCCACACCUGUUGAGCAGAUACCCACCAUGGAAUCUGAACCUCAUGAUGCUCGAAGGGAGCCUAUUCGGCUUGCUCAGAGCCGAGAUACGGAAGAAUCCAGAGUUCAGUGUCAUGAAAGUGGUCAUAGAGAAACUAGACCGGCAAGAAGAGAAAAACGCACUCGGUCACGGAGUCCUACUGAAGAAACACAAGACCGAUUGCCAAAGCGCCGCAAAAAUCUUGAAAGUGUGCAGGAGAACAACUCAAGAGGGAGGGAAAGAAUGAACAGCAAUCCUGGCUGUGAGGCUCCCACCAAGAAAAAGGGCAUACAAGGUCAUAGGAGCGAUUAUGAUGAUACAUUCCGUUCGCGGCAGGAGAUAACUUCCAGUUCUUCUAUCCGAGGUCGUUAG